CUCGACAUCACUGGGGGGAAGCGAGUCUUUCGCUUUUGUGAGAAACGAGUCACAGUCAGUCCGAGAACUUAAAAAAUCUACUAAUAAAAUGGGCCUGACUUGAAUCAAACUAGGCGGCCAAGUACCGACUCGCCAAUGAAUUCCCUACAAUACAAAUAUGAUAAGCAAUUUGGAAAGCCUACUACCACAAUUCGACCCGCCUAACAGUAUUCACCAAAAUUUCAAACUUUGGAAAUAAUAAAAGAGAACUCUCUUUAAUCCUUUCAAGUGCUAUCGAUUUCGGUGUUACAUCAUUAUUUUUUAAAAUAGAAACAAGACAAAACCCCUAUAAUACGUAGUCGUAAAUAUUGAGAAUAUAAUAAAAAACAAAAAAAAAAUUGAAGAGCGAAGACAAUCCCACAACUCACCAAGUUACCUAUUUGGCGAAAGAAAAAUCACGAUAAAACUCAAACGUGUAGUUACAUAAUUGCUAAAUUAUGACCAAUAUUGCAACUCAUUGAGUUGCAGGAAAAUGUAUAUUGUUUGAAAAAAUGAGAAUAUGAACAACUCUAUUGAAUCUAGUACCUGUACCUUUAUAAAUAUAUUUAAAUAUUGUUGUUGAAAGUUAUCAAGGAAUUUAUGUGUUGAUGACCAACAAAAAAUCCUGUUGUUGGAAUUAUAUAGAAAUUAUUAAAAUUACGGUUAACAUAUCUUUGAAUAUUACUGAAUAUAACUGGAGCCAAUUAAAAGUAAAAAAAUAAAAAUAAUGAAUUAAUUAUAGAACGUGAAGAAGCAGAUAUUAUAAAAGAAGAAACGAUAAAGUUAUAUAAUUGAAAUAGCUAUUGCGCCAAUUCUAAAAAGAAAACAAAAUAAAUAAAACAAUUUAUAUGUUACGACCAAGUGUCUACUUGAAAUGUCCUCCAAAUUGCAAUAAAUUUGUUUUUUGUUUUUUUCAUCGAUUUCUCGGUAACAAAAAAACAAAGACGAUCUCAAUUCAACAUAGAACUGUCUUCCAUGGAAGCUGUAAGCAGAAAUAUCGAAAAUGCAUUUGGGAAAACAUAACUGUUCUAUUCGAUAAAAUGUAUACUUUUAUAAAAAUAUGGAAUUUGAAAUUGCCAUUGACAAAGCAAUAAAUGAAAUCACGAUAAGACUGAUCACGAAGACAGAUCGUCUAAUUCCGCACAUUGUUGAAUAAAAUUAAUAAUAUUCAGAAAUAAAAACAAUAACCAGUGUGACGAUAGCAUAAAGUGUAAUAAAGUUAGGAUGAAUCUUGAAGUGGAAUUGAUAGCUGGAGUGGUGAAAGGUGGGCCACCGCCUUCUCAUCUACCGGCACCUCGCCUCAUUAAGAUAUUCAUCGCUAGUGAACGUGAUGAAUUCUCUGAGGAACGGAAACAGCUGCUCGAACUGGUUGGUCCUGAGCUGCAAUCGAUAUACGAUGAUAUGGGUAUUGAGGUAUUGUUAGUUGACAUGCAGUAUGGUACAAGCGAGAAUCCGGACAGUGACCCUCAUCUAGCUGAAUUAUUCCUGGAAGAAAUAAAGGCAUCCCAUUACUACUCCAGGGGUUGUUUUUUCAUUCUAUUGAUUGGCACGGAAUACAGCACAGGCUGGGUACCAACUAAAUUUGACGAAGCCGUUUUCCGCACUCUUGUCAUCCACUGUACUCAACUCAACGAGUAUUACGCUUACGAAAACCAUUGUUACAUUCUUAAAGCCACGAGUGAGGAAACGGCUCAAGAUGAUUGGCAAACAACUGUGGGAAGCCGAUUGAAAAUACUUUUAAAUGAUGCAGCCAAGUCAGCUUUAAUGAAUGAUCCAAAUAACCCUGAAAUCGCCAACGUAUUGAAGAGUACUUCCGAGCGGCAACUGGACUAUGGCUUAAAACUGGAUGUUGGGGGUAAAGGAAUUCUAUCCAUAAUUCGUAGAUGGAAAGAUCGUAGUAUCGAUGAGAUGGCCCCGAAAUUGCCAGUAGAAUGCGAGAAGCUCAUAGCCAAAGUGAAAAGUUCAUUACCAGUCAAUAAUGUAAUAGAAUUGGAGGCUGAUUACCAUGACAAUGAAAUAAAUCAAAACGCUCAUUCAAAUGAUGAUUGUUAUUUGAGAAAAUUACGCAGCCAGAUAUUGGAGGUAAUUCAACAACUGGUGAAUGAAUCGGUUGAAGCCAAUCCGGAGAUAAAGAGUAGAAAAAAAUUAGUACAAGAAGUAUAUGCUGAAAGUUUAGCUCAUUUAUCGCUUAUGCGUGAAAUAACUCCUGUGGAUGAAAGUGAUGAGAUUGUACAACGAGUCAAGAGACUUUUGAUUGCUGGUAAAAAGAAUAAACAUGGGCCUAUAUUCAUACGUGGUGGAAAAUUGUCUGGUAAAUCUGGCAGACUCAGAGCCAUUUACGAUAAAUGCGAAAGUUGGCUGAAACAAUCUACAAUGAGAAUUGUCCGUUUUUGUACCUCAACACCACGAUCAGCCUACAGCCUUGAACUAUUGAGAGUACUCUGUCAACAUAUUGGUUUUUUGUCUGGUAACAACGAUGGCAACUUGCCACGCGAGGCCUCAUUCAAUCCGCUCUACCUCAAUAAUUGGUUAACUCAAAUUUUACGGGGAAUCGAGGAAAGUGAAAGUGAAAGAGCCAAGGUUAAUGAUGAUGAUAAUAAUGCAGAACAGUUGAUUGUCAUUAUCGAUGAUCUCCAUAGAUUGCAUCCACUGGAGGGUGACAUAGUUGCAGCAUUAUCAUGGCUUCCACUUCAGUUACCUCCUGGUAUACAUUUUAUCAUAACAACAAGUAUAUCUCUCGAGUCUUUAAAAUUAACUCCACUUCAGAAAGAAAGAUUCAAAUGCCCAGAAAUACUGAUUGACAUUAGUGAAAAAACACCAGACACCGGCGAUGAUUUGACGACGAGAAUUGAUAAUGAUAUUGAAAAGGCAUUUGACUAUAUGGAUAAACUCAUUGGAAGAAAAGCAGCUAGCCGCAUUGGUUCAUUACUGGCAUGCACUGAAUAUGGAUUGUCGGAAACGGAAAUUCUGGAAUUAAUAAUGCCCACUGGUGGAGACGGCCCAUUAACAUUAUCAGCUGGACAAUUUAAUUUUGCAACGUGGUGUCUAGUAAGACGUAAUUUAAUAUCAUGUUUGAGGGUUCGUGUUAUGAGCGGAAGACUCCUAUUCUCCUGGCGUUGGUUGUGUCGUGAAGUAGCACGAAAACGUUAUCUCUCGACACUGCAAUUAUCACGAGCCUGUUACGCUGAAUUAGCAACGACAAUAUUCUUUACCGAGCCAGAGGAAGACGAUGCAGAUCCUAAUGAGCAAGAUAAUAGCAAUAAAAAAACGGAUGGCAAAGUUAAUAAAGAAACUCCUUUUCAAAGUACACCCCAGAUAUCAGACAUAACUUACAGUUUGCGUCACGUCGAGGAGGCUUGGUUGCACUUAUUAAGAGCUGGUGAUGUUGAAAAAUUAAAGAGACUGGCGGUAUGUGCAUUUGAUUUUCUCCUUGCGGCUGUACAAAUGAUCUCAGUGAGUUAUUUACGGUGUGUACUGGAGCACGCAAGGCGUUAUCUACUUGAGCGAGAUCUCGAAUUGGUCUACUAUACAAUAAGAAAUUCCAGUGACGCACUGACAAGAGAUCCACUUCAACUCGGUGGACAAUUGAUUUGUUGGCUAAGACCAGUGGUUGAGGAUGGAGGUGAUUUGGUGAGUCGAAUGAUAACAGCAGCAAUGGCAUGGUGUGAUGGUUGCGCGGCACCACUACUGGUACCCUUGAACGGUUGGUUACAAUCACCCUUACCCCUACAAAUACGUGUGUUAGCAUGUCCACAAGGUGUUAACCUUGUUGAAGCAGCACCCUCUGGCCAACACAUUAUUGUUGUUGGCAGUGGUCCUGCUGGAGUUGAUGUUCAAUUGUGGCACGUAAUGUCUGGUCAACUUGUCCAUACGUUUAAAGGCCAUUCAAGCCCAAUAUCGUGUUUAUCAGUAACACACCAGUCGCAGUAUUUAUUGACUGGCUCCGAGGAUACAACUAUAAUGGUUUGGGACAUGAAGGAAUUGACUCUAAAACGACGAAUUUGCGAGCACAUUGCAUCAGUAUUGACACUUACACCAGCACUAAAUAAUUCAGUUAUAGUAAGUGGUGGUGAAGAUUCUCGAAUAAUAGCAACUAGUCUUUUGUCAGGUCAAGUCCUAAUGAAAGUUGAUCAUCAUCGUGGACCGGUAACAGCUGUUCGUGUUGAUGCAGCUGGUGAGGUCCUUGUAUCUGGAUCGGCUGAUGGUACCGUGUGUCUGUGGUCCCUCGAGAGUUUUAAACUUUUAAACAGUAUUACAUUGGGAUCGCCAGUUUCAAUGCUCGAUGUAUCAGACGACUCUGUAUUUCUUUUGGCAGUGUGUGAGGAUGAAAAAGUUUAUGUACGUUCUCUUGCCACUGGUACGGCACUUCACACACUGAGAGGCCAUCAGGGAGCAGUUAAAAGUAUAUGUCUAGCGCGAGAUUGUAGACGAGCUAUUGCCGGGGGAAUGGAUGGGCGUGUAUCAAUAUUUGAUAUACACAGCGGAAAAUUAAUAAGAGCAUUGUCGACUAAUUCAUCGGCGGACGUUACGUCUGUUCGAGUUACUGAUAAAGAUGAUUUUUUAAUAACCGCCAGUGGCAAUCGUGUUAUAUAUUGGAGUUUUCGGGAUGAAGAAACGAUAAAAAACACUUGUAUUAUGAGUAAGGAGGGUUUUUACAAACCGAAGAAGCAGCAGCAGCAGCUGCAGCAGCAACAGCAACAAAUACACCUACAAUAUCAUACAGCACCUUUAACUUGUAUCGAUAUAUCGCGUGAUGGAGCUAUGGCAGUCACCGGUGGAGUUGAUUCCCUUGUCAAUUUGUGGCAAUUGAAUAGCCAUGAACUUAUGUUGACUCUGGAGGGUCACAUUGCCAGUAUAACUUGUGUCGCAUUUUCAGCAUCUGGAUUAUUUGCCGCUUCAGGCUCAGAGGACAAAACAGUUAGAGUUUGGGGCUUGACACUUGGUCUAGUUGUUGCGACAUUUAAACAUCAAGCACCCGUGACAUCGGUAAUUGCUAUGCUCGAUGGACAAAGAGUUGUUAGCUCUGAUCGCAGUGGUGCUAUACGUGUAUGGGCUGCUGAUACUGGAAUACUCAUACAAUCGGUCUGUGGCCCAGGAAGAUGUAUCGCUGUUUCACCGGAUAUGAGAUAUACCAUUUGUGGAUCAGGAGACAAUCAAGUUAGGAUAAUGAGCUUGGGGGCUGGACCAGUGGAAAAAUAUCAAGUUUCUCAUGGCCAAGAUAUAACUUGUCUGGUUGUUACGCCAGAUUCAAAUUCUUUGAUAACUGGUUCACGUGACAUGAGUUUAAAAGUUUGGCAAUUAGCUGGUGGAAAACUUUCACAAGUCUUAGUUGGUCACACUGAUCAUGUUACCUGUGUAGCUGUAUCAGUUCAGGACAAAAGCAUUGUUGUUUCUGGCUCGCGCGAUGCUAAUCUUAUUGUUUGGGAUAUAAAUACGGGAAGUGAUUUACAUACACUAAGUGGACAUCUUGGAUAUGUGACUUGCGUUAGGGUAUCUGGUGAUGGUACUUUGGCAAUAUCUGGUAGUGAGGAUAAAAAUCUUUUUGUAUGGGAUACUAAAAAAGGUAUUGCCCUUGGUUCAAUAAUGCUGCACGUACCAAUUCUUGGUGUUGAAACAUCUACGGACUUUUCAAGAUUGGCCAUUCAUCUCAUUGAACAGCCUACAAUGCCGAUAUUAUGUUUGCAUAAUACACCUGCCCAGUAUGUCAAAUUACCAUUGUAUGUAGCACCACGCGAACUACGACCAUUGGGUCCCAAGAGACCUGCCAGGCGUUUGUUGAAAAAAGAAGUCUCACUCGAUACUUACACGUGGCAACGCAAAUACGGCCAUCUAACAUCAGGCAUCAUGGUAGCUGCUGUUGAGGAUCCACUCAAGCGUCGAUUUAGCGUGAGUGCUUCCAUGGAGGAAAUCAGCAAAGUUGGUUUAGCCGAUUCUCAGACAAGUUUGGCACGCUCUCAACAGGCAGCCCUCGCACAAUCUCAACACUUUGAUCAGCUUGAAGCACUCUGGAAUAAACAAUCACCACCGCCAAGAACCCGAGGCACUCCUGGAAGAACCCUCUCCAAACAGAGCUCACUGCAGGCCACUAGAAUAUCCGACUCUGAUGAAGACGAAGAUGUUCCAGAUUAAUGUGUCACAUGAACAUCAAUUUACGUUGGAAAAAAUACAACCCAAAAUGAAAAACAGUCUUCUCCACUAUUGUCUUUCCAACUAUAACUUCCAACCUCUCAAUUGCAGUGAUAAUUCCUAUGCAAUAAAUGGCAAAUGUUACAAUCA